UUCGUAAAUUCAAUUCUUGCUUUCAAAUGACAUCAUUUGGAGCAACAAAAAUUGUUCAUAAUGAAGAUGGACGUAAUUUUGAAUCUACAUUCAAGAUUCAAGGUCAAGUUUACCACCAAAUUGGUUCAUUGCUUCCAAUGCCUGAUGCUGAUCCAAAAUUCUUACAAAUUUAUUUUAUGGGUGAUGAGGAGCAACAAACCCAUAUGCGCUGUGUAUACAAUCAUAUGGAGCAAAUGGAGGAACGAGAAAUUGUGGACAUUUUGGAAACGUUUUUUCUAAACCAUAACCAAUUGUUACGAUUGUUCAAGACUCUUUCUAACAGACUGGAAUACGACAACUACGUCAUUGUUAUUAAAGCAGACAAAGUGCCCCAUGGAGAGCACGCAGGCACAUAUAAUGUUCCAACUCUUAAUGAAGUUGCAGUUGUUAUGGCUGGUGAUCCAUGUGAACGUCGAGAUAUUCGCAUACAACGCAGAGAUAACACGAUGCAAAUAAUUCAAGACAAUCAUCGUUCUUAUGAUGCACUGCAAUAUCCAUUGAUAUUUUGGGAAGGAGAAGAUGGAUAUCAUUUAAAUAUUAAACAACGGAAUCCAACUACAGGUGAAGAACUGAUCAAGAAAGUUAGUGCGAUGAACUUCUACGCAUACCGGUUGAUGAUUCGUGCUAAUGAAGAAAAUCACAUUCUCCGAUGCAGACAGCUAUUUCAUCAGUAUGUAGUCGAUAUGUAUGUUAAAAUCGAAAGUGAGAGGUUACGGUAUAUAAAAUUUAAUCAAGUAAAACUUCGUUCUGAGGAAUACAUUCAUUUACGUGAUGCUGUAAUCGGUAACGUAGAUGCAACGAAUGAUAUAAACAACAUCGGUACCGCAUAUAUUCUUCCAUCAUCAUACAUUGGUAGUCCGCGUCAUAUGCAAGAAUAUAUUCAAGACGCCAUGACUUACGUACGUGCAUACGGCCGACCAGAUCUUUUUAUUACAUUUACGUUGACAAUUCUCGUGUCUCUGCUGAACCUUAUGUCGACACAAGUAGUACGUCAGAAAGUCUCUCACCUCCUCCGGAAUGUGAAGUAUCUAUUGUGCAGUGACAAGUCUCGUGUCUCUGCUGAAUCUUAUGUCGACACAAGUAGUACGUCAGAAAGUCUCUCACCUCCUCCGGAAUUGACAAUUCUCGUGUCUCUGCUGAAUCUUAUGUCGACACAAGUAGUACGUCAGAAAGUCUCUCACCUCCUCCGGAAUGUGAAGUAUCUACUGUGCAGUGACAAUUCUCGUGUCUCUGCUGAAUCUUAUGUCGACACAAGUAGUACGUCAGAAAUUCUCUCACCUCCUCCGGAAUUGACAAUUCUCGUGUCUCUGCUGAAUCUUAUGUCGACACAAGUAGUACGUCAGAAAGUCUCUCACCUCCUCCGGAAUGUGAAGUAUCUAUUGUGCAGUGACAAUUCUCGUGUCUCUGCAGAAUCUUAUGUCGACACAAGUAGUACGUCAGAAAGUCUCUCACCUCCUCCGGAAUGUGAAGUAUCUAUUGUGCAGUGA